AUGAGCACCAUUGGUGGAACCUACUUCAGCAGGGAGCACCCAAAGAAGGAAGCAUUUGCUUCCCUCGCAAGUUGUCCCUCUCGACUUUGAGACUUUCUAUUUUCAACAUAUUCCGUUUUCUGUUUUCCUCCCCGAAACAGCCAACGGACCUUCAUAUGAUGACUAAUAAUCAAGUCCCUGUAAAAUUAAAACACCUCCUUCCCCACAAGCCCCACCAAAAAAUCCAAGAAUGACUACCCAGUCCUCCUCCAACUCUUCAAUCCUCUGCGCUUCUUUCAAUCAAGACAAUAGCGGUUUUGCUGUAAGCACUCGUGAUGGGUUCAAAAUUUUUGAUCCAAACACUGGUCGUCUCUGUUACGAACGAGCUGUUGGAGCUUUUAUCAUUGUUGAAAUGCUGUACAGUUCUAGUCUUCUUGCUAUUGUUGGAGCUGGUGAACAGCCUUCUUUAUCCCCACGGCGUCUUUGUUUGUUCAAUACUACCACUGGAACUGCUCUCCGGGAAUUGAAUUUUUUAACUUCUAUUCUUGCUGUUCGCUUAAAUAGAAAAAGGCUUGUUGUUGUUUUGCAAGAAAAGACUUACAUUUAUGACUCGAAUAGUCUUGCAAUAUUGGAUACUAUUGAUACAGUUCCAAAUAUAAAAGGACUUUGUGCAUUCUCCCCUAGUUUGGAUGGUUGCUUCUUGGCUCUUCCUGCUAGUACAACCAAAGGAUCAGUUUUGGUCUACAAUGUCAUGGAAGUCCAGUCACAUUGUGAGAUAGAUGCUCAUCGCGCGCCAUUGGCUGCAGUUGCCCUUUCUUCAAAUGGAAUGUACAUUGCUACAGCAUCUGAGCAGGGAACUAUAAUCAGAGUUCAUCUAGUUCUAGAAGCAACGAAGUCAUAUAGUUUCAGAAGGGGGACAUACCCAUCAACAAUAUUUUCCUUGUCAUUUGGACCUUCAACGCAACUUCCAGAUAUUCUUGUAGCAGCAAGUUCUUCAGGUUCUGUUCAUGUCUUCUCACUGGGGUUUGCCAUAAAUCAGAGAAGUAGAAGAUCAAGUAGUUUCCUUGGGUCAAUAUUGCCUGAUUCUGUAAAUGAUGCACUGGAUCCAGCUCAUCAUCAUGUGCUUCAUAAUGCUGUUCCUGCAGGAGUGAAAAGUUAUGUGGUAGUGCGCAAGGUGGACAAGGUUGCUGACACAUCAACUGGAUGUGUUGCUUGUAGAGCCACCCUAUCAGUAAUAACCUUUAAUGGUUACUUCCAGGAGUAUAUUGUGAAUAUUAACAAUCAGAAUGAAUCUAUAUGGAGUUUGGAGCGUGAACUUAAUCUUUUACCAGAAAUAUCAGGUGAGGAACAACAUUUUCAGCUGGUGUGAUAAGAUUACACUGUCGCUGACAUAAUUGAACUGCUUAAUGGAUAUAAAGAAUAAGAAGCUCACUGAGAGGUUAGAACAGUGUUUAAGUGAUCAGCCUGGACAGACGGCCAAGAUUUGCGAAGUGUUGAUAUGUAAGUAAACUAGACUUUUCAGGUCAGUAAACAGAUACAACUGGAAUCUGCAAACUAUAGCAGAAGCUAUCCUCAAAUUGCCUGUGUCUUGAAUUUAUUGAUUGGUCUGUUUAUAUGCAAGAGAAAUCAGUAAGUUAUAGAAUAAAUGUUUGUCACAUUAAUUUUUUUUGUAUGAAACUGAAGUUUUCCGUUUAUGAACUAUUUGAUUUGCC